UCACACACACAUUUACACACACAUAUUUAUAGACACACAUGCUGACAUACAUGUCCGUUCCGUCUCUUUCACUUUAAUCAUAAUCACUUACUUUUUCUCUAAACAUGGCUCCGAAGAAGAAGCAACAGAAGCAGAAAUCAUCGUCCUCGUCUUCUUCAUCGAAGAGCAAAUCUCAAUCUUCAUCGAGCGGUCCAAAACUCCAGAUUUCGGCCGAGAACGAGAGCCGACUUCGCCGGCUCUUGCUCAACUCCGGCAGGGCCUCGCCGUCUCCGAAUGAAGUUCCGGUGGAAGACACGCUCUCUAAAGCCCAAAAGGCCAAGAAACUUCGGUCCAUUUACGAGAAGCUUUCUUGCGAAGGCUUUUCAGACGAACAUAUUGAGGGCGCUCUUUCUGCUCUCAAGGAGGCUGCUACUUUUGAGGCUGCUCUUGAUUGGUUAUGCUUAAAUUUGCCUGGGAAUGAGCUUCCAUUGAAGUUUUCUAGUGGGACUUCUCUCCAUACAAAUGGAGGUGGUUCCAUUGGCAUCGUAUCAACUGCACGAGAAGAUUGGAGUCCUUCACUGAAUUCAUCGGCUAAGAUUGAGGAAGAAAGACCUGAAAUUUCUGUUAGAGUGAAGGGACGUUCAGAUGAUGUUGCUCUGGAUUCUUGCCAGCCAUCUCAAGCAGAUUGGAUCCGACAAUAUGUGCAACAACAGGAAGAGGAUGAAUCCGGAAGUUGGGAAGAUGAUGUAAUUGGCAAAGGUUCCAUUGAGAAGGUCCCAGAACCAAGGCUUCGCUAUGAUUCCAUUGUCAAAGAUUAUCAAAGUGCACGAUUAGAAGCUAUAAAUGCCAAAGAGAGAGGUGACAAGAAAUGUCAGGAACAAGCCAGCCAACUUAUCCGCAAACUCAAGCAAGAGAUGUCUGACCUAGGACUAUCAGAUGAUGUCUUGGCAUCCGGGUUUGAAAGUCCUUUGUGUCGUGCCUCUGAGGACACAUCUCAUGAUUCCAUGCAUUACGAGCAUGCUGAAAUGGAUAGUGUAUGCAAUGAAGAACAUAUUAUAGCAUCUGUAGUGCAUGCGGUUGAAUCAGAAACUGAUGGAAAUGUUAUGGAUAGCUGCAGCUCAAAGCAGUUUUCAACUGAAAACAAUGUCCCUAGUGUUCCUGAUCAGGAUAAGAUUGCUUUAGAAGAGGAAUCAGGAGAUGUGGAGAUUGGUAAUUUCUUCUCAGAAGACAUCUCACCUUCUGAAGUUUUACCUUCUGAAGUCGUGAAAUUACAAAAGGCAGGGAAAAUGAGAGAAUUCUCUAGUGGGAAAAACUUAGAGAAAUUGGAGGGCAUUUGGAAGAAGGGUGAUGCACGAAAAAUUCCUAAGGCUGUUCUUCAGCAACUAUGUCAAAAAUCAGGGUGGGAUGCACCAAAAUAUAAUAAAGUGCCUGGGAAAGAAAAUGGCUCGAGUUAUGCUGUUACUGUGGUGCGUAAAGCUAGUGGUAGGGGUAAGAGCAGAAAAGCUGGAGGGCUUAUUACUCUUCAGCUUCCUAAUCUGGAUGAAACUUUUGGAUCUCAUGAGGAUGCACAGAAUAGAGUUGCCGCUUUUGCUCUCUUUCGCCUGUUUCCUGAUAUACCUGUUCAUCUUCUAAUCACAGAGCCGUAUGCUUCGCUUGUUCUACAGUGGGAGGAAGGGGAAUUAUCAACCAAGAAAGUGGACAGCGAGGAAGAUCGAAGAGCUGGGUUCGUGGAUUCACUAUUAAAUGAUGACAGCUCCGAAUUAAUUUCUGCUGAUGCCUUGAAUAGCUCUCUUCAAGAAAAGUUUCAAAAGCCUCUUGUUCAAGAAAAUAUUGAUCCAACUGCUGGUGAUGUUCUAAAAGCUGAAAAUCUUUACUAUUAUAAAGAAGCAGAGAGUUCUUAUCUCAGACGGGAACAAGAGAAUAAAAAGAAAAUGAGAAGAUACAAGGACAUGUUAGGAUCUAGAGCUACACUACCCAUUGCUGAAUUGAAGGCUGAUAUAUUGCAACUACUGAAGGAGAAUAACGUUAUUGUUGUUUGUGGGGAAACAGGUUGUGGAAAGACAACUCAGGUUCCACAAUUUAUAUUGGAUGACAUGAUUGAAGCUGGUCGUGGUGGACACUGUAGCAUUGUAUGUACACAACCAAGGAGAAUAGCGGCUAUUUCUGUGGCUGAGAGAGUUGCUGAUGAACGGUGUGAAUCUUCACCCGGAUCACAUGGUUCUUUGGUUGGUUAUCAAGUUCGUCUUGAUAGUGCACGUAAUGAAAAGACAAAGCUUUUAUUCUGCACAACUGGCAUUCUUCUGAGGAAAUUUGCGGGGGAUAAAAAUUUGACUGAUGUUACUCAUGUCAUUGUUGAUGAAGUGCAUGAACGUUCUCUCUUGGGUGAUUUUUUACUCGUUGUUUUGAAGAAUUUGAUUGAGAAGCAGUCUGCUGAUGGAUCACAAAAAUUGAAAGUUAUUCUUAUGUCGGCAACAGUUGAUUCGGAUCUUUUUUCAAGAUACUUUGGUCACUGCCCAGUAAUUACAGCACAAGGCCGAACACAUCCUGUGUCAACAUACUUUCUUGAGGAUAUAUAUGAAAGUACUAACUACCGCCUUGCUUCAGAUUCUCUAGCCACUAUAAGAUAUGGGACGUCCAAAAAGGAGAAGAAUGGUCCUAUUACCAACCACAGGGGGAAGAAAAAUCUUGUCUUAUCUUCUUGGGGUGACGAAGCUUUGCUGUCCGAAGAUUGUAUAAAUCCUUACUAUGUUCCGAGCAAUUAUCAAUCAUACAGUGAGCAAACGCAACGGAAUUUGAGAAGGUUGGAUGAAGAUAUUAUUGACUAUGAUCUUCUUGAAGACUUGGUAUGUUACAUUGAUGAAACUUAUCCUGAGGGUGCCAUACUGGUUUUCUUACCCGGAGUUUCGGAAAUUUACAUGUUACAUGAUAAACUAGCUGCUUCUUACCGAUUUGGUGGAUUAUCUUCUGAGUGGCUUCUUCCUUUACAUUCCUCGGUAGCACCAGUUGAUCAAAAAAAGGUGUUUCUAAGACCUCCCAAUAAUAUACGUAAGGUUAUAAUAGCCACAAAUAUUGCUGAGACUAGUAUCACAAUAGAUGAUGUGGUAUACGUUAUCGACUCUGGAAAACAUAAGGAGAAUCGUUAUAAUCCACAAAAGAAAUUGUCAAGCAUGGUUGAAGAUUGGAUAUCUCGAGCAAAUGCAAAGCAACGUCGAGGAAGAGCUGGACGUGUAAAACCGGGGAUCUGCUUUUGCUUGUAUACACGCCAUAGGUUCGAGAAACUCUUGCGCGCAUUCCAGAUACCCGAGAUGCUGCGGAUGCCAUUAGUAGAAUUGUGCUUACAAAUUAAAUUACUUUCACUUGGUAACAUAAAGCCAUUUUUGUCGAAGGCUCUGGAACCUCCAAGGGAAGAGGCUAUGAACUCAGCAAUUUCAUUGCUAUAUGAGGUUGGUGCCAUUGAAAGGGAUGAAGAGUUGACUCCCCUUGGGUAUCAUUUGGCGAAACUUCCAGUUGAUGUAUUGAUUGGAAAGAUGAUGUUAUAUGGUGGAAUAUUUGGUUGCUUAUCACCCAUUCUCUCUAUUUCGGCAUUUUUGAGCUACAAGUCUCCAUUUGUAUAUCCAAAAGACGAGAGGCAAAAUGUUGAAAGAGCAAAGUUGGCACUCUUGACUGAUAAGCCAGACAGUGCAAACAAUUCAGAUGAUGGUAACCGGCAAUCUGACCACUUAGUGAUGAUGAUUGCAUAUAAGAAAUGGGAGAAGGUACUGCAUCAGGAAGGAGUUAAAGCUGCACAACGUUUUUGCAAUUCUUAUUUUUUAAGCAGUUCAGUUAUGUACAUGAUAAGAGACAUGCGAAUACAAUUUGGAACGUUGCUAGCGGACAUCGGACUCAUUGAUCUUCCAAAGAAUCAUCAGAUUGAGGGGAAGAAGAAAGAAAAACUUGACAGUUGGCUUUCUGAUAUGUCGCAACCGUUUAAUAUGUGUUCACAUCAUUCUUCAAUUGUGAAGGCAAUAAUAUGUGCAGGUUUAUACCCUAAUGUAGCUGCCACUGAAGAAGGCAUUUCUGGAGUAGCUCUUGGUACACUUAAACAGUCUGCAGCUCCUCCAACAAUGGGGCAUCCUUCCUGGUAUGAUGGGAAAAGAGAAGUUCACAUACAUCCUUCUUCUAUCAACAGCAGUGUAAAAGUAUUUCAAUACCCAUUUCUCAUCUUCCUUGAAAAGGUGGAAACAAAUAAGAUAUUUCUGCGGGAUACUACAAUCAUCUCCCCGUACUCUAUAUUGCUUUUUGGUGGAUCCAUAAAUAUUCAACAUCAGACUGGAAUAAUCACUAUAGAUGGUUGGUUAAAAUUAACAGCACCAGCCCAAAUUGCCGUCCUCUUCAAGCAACUCCGUUUAACUCUUCUAUCUGUCCUCAAAGAGCUUAUUAGAAAGCCUCAGACGGCAAGCGUGGUUGAUAAUGAAGUUGUCAGGUCAAUAAUCCAUUUGUUGUUAGAAGAAGACAAAUCCCAAAAGUGAUAUAGUGGCCAAUCAUGGAGGUACACCUAUACAUAAUAUGGCAAGUGUGGUUAAUAAUGAAGUUGUCUGGUCAAUAAUUCAUUUGUUGUUAGAAGACUACAAACCCCAAAAGCAAUGUAGUGGGGUCAAUCAUGGAGAUUCAUGAAGGUGCACGUUUGUCAUUGCGCAGGAUGAACAUGAUGACUGACCUGUUUAUGUAAAUGGUCGUCUUCAUACAUUUGAUAUCUUAUAUCCGAAACCACAAUACGUGACCCGUACUCAGAGGAGUUGAUUUGAGGACGUUCCAUUGGCAAAUCAAAUUAUAAUUCAGGUUAUUGACAUGCAUGCUCCACUUGUUUUGUAACUUCAAUAUGUAACUUCAAUAUAGGUUUUACUCUUCCACCAUUAGCCACCAUUAGCGGGAAAAUAUGUGGUUCUUUGCAAUUCCAUAGUUUUUGCUUCUGCUGAGGGCUUACGCUAGGUGCUUGACUGAAAUAUCCAUAGGAGUAUCAACCAGUCUUAGCACCUGGCAGACCAAUCUCAGACACAAGAUCAAGAACAUAUUUUCGUUGAGAUAGGGAGAUGCCCUUGUAAUUAGUGAUUGAUUCCGCGUCUAACUACUUCUCUUUCUUAUGUAAUUUUGAUAAUUCAUAUAAAAAUUACCAAUGCCCUUUAGUGUUUUGCACUUUUUUUAAUGACAAAGUUGAACGUUGUCAAUCAUC